AUUGAGUCAACAAUUGGUAUUAGAGCAAGGGCUCCAAUUUGAAGGUUUAACCACCUAGGAGUUGAUCGGGAACGGCUCAAUUUCUAUCUUCUCAACCACUUGAAGGUUUGUCUACCACUAAGCCUCCUUUCUUUGAUGGUACUAAUUAUAAUUAUUGGAAGAAUAGGGUGAAGGUCUUCAUGCUUGCAAAUGUGCCCAAGGCAUGGGUUGUGACUAUGAAAGGUCCAUAUGUACCCAUGAAAAUUGUUGGAGAAAGGGAGGUGCCAAAGGAAGAGAUAGAUUGGAAUGAUGAAGACUUGGAGAAGAUCAUGAUCAACAAAAAGGCAAUCAACAUGCUUCAAUGUGCUCUCAAUCCAAUGGAAUUCCAUAGAGUUUUCGGGUGUGAUACGGCUAAGGAGAUGUGGGACAUGCUAGAAGUCACUCAUGAAGGAACAAGCCAAGUAAAGGAGUCAAAAAUCAAUAGACUCAUUUACAUGUAUGAGCUUUUCAAGAUGAAACCGGAGGGGAGCAUUCAAGAUAUGUAUACAAGAUUGAAUGACAUAGUCACCAAUCUCAAGGCUUUUGGUAAAGUCUAUCCUCCUCAAGAAGUGGUGAGAAAGGUUCUUAGAAGCUUGCCUAAGAGUUGGGAUGCCAAGAAGACAGCAAUUGAAGAAUCUAAGGAUCUCAACACUCUCAAGCUUGAAGAUCUCAUUGGUAAAUUGAUGACAUAUGAGAUAGAAGUGCAAGGUGAUGGUGGAGUUGAAGUAGUUGAGAAGAAGAAGAAGAAUGUUGCUUUUAAGGCUAGCAACCAAAAGAAAGAAAGUGAAGAUGAUGCUAGUAAUGAUGAGUCUAGCAAUGAGGAGGACAUCACCAAAUUGAUUUCAAAGGAAGUGAAGAGAUUCAUGAAGAAAAACAUCAAGAGCAAGCUUGCAAGAAGAGAUGAAGGAGAAUCCACCAAAAAGAGUGUGAAAUGCUAUGAGUGCAACAAGAUGGGGCACUAUAGAAAUGAAUGCCCCAAAUUGAAGAAAGGUGAGAAGAAAGACAAGAAGAAGAAGAAAGCAUUUGCCGCCACUUGGAGCGAUGAUGAAACUAGCUCAACAGAAAGUGAAAGCUCCUUGGAGAAAGGUGUUGCAAAUCUUUGCUUCAUGGCUCAAAAGGAUGACAACAAUGAUGAGGAGGUAAACUCUAACUUUUCUAGUUCAAUUAAUGAAAGUUCCUUUGAGUAUUCUUAUGAUGAUUUAUGCAAAGUUCUUGAUUGCUCUAUGAAUGACAUUAAGAAACUAGGAAAUGAUAAUAUUGCUCUUACUAAAACCAUUUCAUUGCUUAGGAAUGAGAUUGAAUCUCUCUCAAAACAAAAUGAGGUUUUAGUUAAAGAGAAUGCCUCUUUAAAUAGUGAGAUUGCCUCUUUAAAUAGUGAGAUUGCUUCUUUAAAGAAUGAGGAGUCUAAUAAUGCUUUGAAAAAGGAAAAUGAGGAUUUAAAGAAAGGAAAUGAAGAUUUAAAGAAGGAAAAUGAGGUUUUAAAGAGAAAAGCUUGUGAUCUUGAAAAUGUGAUUUCCAAAUUUAUCUUGAGUAAAGAAAAAUUUGAUUCUAUCUUAAAAUCUCAAAGAAGUGUUUAUGACAAAGGAGGCAUUGGAUUUGAUUAUUCUAAAAAGCAAAAGACUUUUAAGACUACCUUUGUAAGAGCAAGUCAAUCAUAUCAUCCUAGUGUUACUUGCUAUUGUUGUGGUGCAAAUGGACACUUUGCUUAUGCUUGUUCUUUAAAAAGAUUAAUAGCUCAAGGCGACUCGACCCGGACUCGCUCUUCAACCGGCUCUGCAAUUAUAGCCGGCACUCCUGCAGAUUUUAAGGCUCGGGUUUCUCUCUCUCCUCGCACAAACCAGUUAGAUCUGUUUCAUUUUCUCACCCAAACCCAUGACCUCUCCUCUCCCAAAACUCGCCAUUCACUCUCCCAAACACCCAAAUCCCUCCAAAUCUCCAAAACCCAUCCCUUAAACACUCAAAUACCAUCAAAUCCUUGCCUACCCAACACAAAACCUCAAGCUUUUCACUUCAAUUUGUGUGGGAUCUACUAUAUUUUUGCUGUGGCUGUUGGGAUUUCUCUCGCAUGGCUUCAAAAAGGGCUGGAAGUAAAAGGAGACAAGUGGGUAGUUCUAGCACCGGUGGUCAAGCUCAAGAAAAAGAAGUUUUCACCGAGGGAUAUUUGUGCUGAAUUAAAUAUACCUGAAGGAGGAGAUGAUGAGUUUCUAGAUGUGAAUCAUGCCUUAGUUAGAGCCACAAUUGCCUCUAAUUGCACUGAAAAUCAAAUUAAAGUGGGAAAAAGGGUGAACCUAGGAAGAUUCAUUUUCCGGAGCAUAAUCAAGCCUUACUCACCAACUAUGGGACUUCCUCAUGGUGCUUUAAUUACCAGAUUGGCGAAGAGAAACAAUAUUGAUCUGACAUCCUUUAGGUUCGGAACGGUUCCCGGUGGGACUACACUUACCAAAGCUUCUUUUGAAAAAAUGGACUGUUUGUUUAGAAAUGACACUUGGAUAAAGAAAGGGGAACAAGAAGGGGAUGAAGAAGAAGAAAUGAGAGGGAGAAUGACUAACGUGGAAGGAAAGCUAACUAACGUGGAAGGAAAGCUUGAUCGGCUUGUUAACCAUUUUUUUCCUCCACCCACACCUGAUGCCACUUGACUUGAUAUUUCUUUAGUUUGGCUAAUCUUUAGGAUGGACAUCUUAGGGUUAUGCAUUUUAUGUUUUAUUUGACUAUGGAUAUGUCUUGAACCUUUUUUAUCUUGUUUUAUGAAUGGAAAUGGCAUCACUUAUGUUAUCAUGCUUUGUGAAUGGUUGCUUAUGAUUUUGAUGAUAAUAUGCUCUUAUUGAGGGGGAGUUUAUUAGUUGA